CGUCAACUGAGCGGAGCGGAAGAGCAUGUGUUGACGUCACAACAAGGAAGUGCCUCAGUUUAAAGAUCAGUAAACGUCAGGGGCUCGUUGAUGUUUCUGUAGCCGAGUGUUUGACGCUGCUCAGCGGCAGAAGGAGAAGAAAAUGCCCGCCCGGAACAUCGUGACUGACGGGGGAAGUAACGUGAGGUACUCCCGGUUAGCGAGCGACGAUGACGGAUACAUCGACUUACAGUUUAAGAAGAGUCCGCCCAAAGUGCCGUACAAAGCCAUCGCUCUGGCCACAGUUCUCUUCUUAAUUGGCUCAGUGUUGAUUGUCAUCGGCUCUCUGCUCCUCGCUGGAUACUUUGGAGUCACGCACUCGGACCGAACCAUUCCUGUCCUCAUCAUCGGGAUCCUCGUCUUCCUGCCUGGAUUUUACCAUCUACGCAUCGCUUACUAUGCUUCAAAAGGCUACACAGGUUAUUCCUACGACGACAUCCCAGACUUUGAUGACUGACGCACACACACACACACACACACACACACACAUAAAGUUAGUGUUGCUUUCGCUGAAACUUUAAAUAAACUUAGAAAAUAAAUAUGAUGUCACUCUGCUGUUAUGAAGCUGAAUUGUAAAGUUGUUUUUUAUAGUUUUAUCUCAAAGAGUCCGUUUGUUGUAAUUUAAUGUAUUUUUUAAUUCAAUAAAACUCUUCUUGGUUCAGAAACA